UACAACUUGUUGCCAGGGAGAUUGUUUGAUGCUAGUAGAGGUACCUGUCACUUUUUAGAUUAAAACGAGAUGCAAGUUUAUUUGCCAAUAUGGCGACACGUCUUAUCAUUGAUGGCAAGCCUACGAUACGUGUGAAAUGUCUGCAACCGGGUUCUCAAACACAUAAAAGCCCUGGAGCUCACGGCGUAACCGAUGGAGAGGAGGGAGGGACCGUGCUCGCCACCUUACGUUGUCGUCGAUGCGUGUGCAAGCCAGCCCAGCGAGCUUUCUCGACUCCCUCAUUCACCUUCAACAGCGCCCACAAGAAGUAGCCGUCCUGUCAAGGGUGGGAGAUGCCUGCUCAAGCUGUGUGGUCGUCAUGUCUACUCUGCUGAUUUGCCAGUAAUGAAACGGCAUUGCGCUGGUGCGAGCCGACAUCACUUGUCUAUACUUGGGAGGAUGGAGUGGUUGCAGUUGGCUAGCUAGUCCUGAUUCUUCCCUAAUUUUAUCUUCACGUGCUUGAUGCAGUUUUAGGAGUGGGAGGAUGAAAUCCUGAUGAAGAACACAGCUGUGAGCACUGACUGGACUCAGGCAGAAGUGGAAACCAAGCCUUGGAAUCUUAUUUGCAUUUUAAACGUACAAAACCCUGGUGAACACCCUGUCCCCUUACUACUUUAACCCACUUUUUAUGUUCAUGUAUCCUUCUUCCUCGUUAAGUACAGAAGUAUUGACCCAAGGAACUUGGCCCCAUUUUUGUUUUUUGUUUUUCCUUUCACCUUUUGUUCCUUUGUAAAGAAAUGCUUUACCUGAAAAAGUACUUCACAGAGGGCCUGAUUCAGUUCACCAUCCUUCUGAGUCUGAUCGGGGUGCGAGUGGACGUUGACAGCUAUUUAAGCAAUCAGUUUCCCCCACUGAGAGAGAUCAUCCUGGGCCCUAGCUCAGCCUACACCCAGACACAGUUUCACAACCUGCGCAACACGCUGGACGGCUAUGGCAUCCAUCCAAAGAGUGUGGACCUGGACCAUUUCUUCACCACUAGACGACUAUUAAACCAGGUGCGUCAGCUGGAUCGCCUUUCUGUGCCCAGUACUGAGCUCAAUACCUGGCUUGUGCAUCGUGACUCUGAGACAGUGGUGUCCGCCAGCAGCCAGUCCAGCCCCAGCAUCACCCUGGACAAUGGGGCCGGCCUAGAGGACGUAAACAACCCUGACGCUACCCCGGCCAUGAGGGGAGGAAGUGGAGCACCUGAAUCUACAUACAACCUGAACACAGCGGACAGCAGCCUGGGUGCUGUGGCUUUGGAGGGCAACCAGGAGCAGGGAAGCAGGGAUGGCAACGACGACCUCACAAAAGAGGACAUUGACUUGAUUGACAUCCUAUGGCGACAGGACAUUGACCUUGGUGCGGGAAGAGAAGUGUUCAACUACAGCAACCGUCAGAAAGAGAGUGAGGAGGAGAAGCCCAGCAUACAGGAGAACAAAGACAGGAAUGAGGAACAAGAGAGCUGGAGGAAUGGAGUCAACCUACAAGGGCCUCAGCCAGUAGAUGGGGAGACUGGAGAGAGUAUUCCAGAGCAGCUCCCAGGUCUUGGCUCACAGACUUCACUGUCUCUACAAGAAUGUUUGAGGCUACUGGAGGCCACCUUCCCAUUUGGAGAAGAAUCUGAGUUUCCAGCCCCGGCUGUCACCAGAGAAAUAGCGGUUUCCAGUGAAGAAGUUCCUUCUACAUCUCAGGGCCUUCCUCUGGCACCAUCACUGCCUGCAGCAGUGCCACAGUUGGACCUUGAGCAGCAGUGGCAAGACAUAAUGGCGAUCAUGGAGCUGCAAGCAAUGGAAGUGAACAACAGUUCGCUCUCCACCAACUCCACUAGUGAUAGUGGGACAAGUGGGACAACUGAGUCAAGCCCAUCGGGAAACUUUGGAAUUCCUACACGCUCAAUGCCAAUAAACCAGGAUGUCAGCCUUCACCAGGCCUCCCUCCCCAGCUGCAGCCAAGACUUUACCCAGAUUUUCACCCCCCAGUUGGACUCUGUCAGCAUCACGCCAAGAACCACCAUGGUCAGACUGUCCUCCACCAACUCCACCAACAUCAACUCCACAUUUGGAUCCACUAACUUGACUGGGAUCUUGUUCCCGCCACACACAAACAGUUCCAGUAACAACGUCACAUCCACACCUAUUCUGCCUGAUCCGUUUAGCACCUUGUUGGAAGAGUCCAUGCUUGAUGAAAUUAGCUUGUUGGACCUUGCCAUGGAGGAGGGCUUCAGCCAGGCCCAAGCUUCCCAGUUGGAAGAAGAGCUUGAUUCAGAUUCUGGUCUUUCCCUCGACUCUAGCCACAGCCCAGCCUCACCAAGCAGCUCCGAGACAUCCUGCUCCUCUGCGGCUUCAUCCUCCUCAACAUCUGCAACUUUCUCAGAGGAAGGAGCCGUGGGAUACAGCACUGACUCGGAGGUAGCCACCGUGGAGACAGAAGAAGGUGCUGUUGGUGGUCACCAGCCUGGGUACAGUAAACUCUGUCGCAUGAGCUAUCAGGACCCUUCCCAGUUCCACAGCUUGCCUCAGCUCGACAGCAUCAGCCACAAUCAUACUUACAACCUGCCGCUUUCCUCUGCUUUCACAGAGCACCCAGAGCUCGCCAUAUCAGCCGGGAAGAAAACGGUCCGCGACAAGCAGAGUUCAAAGCUUCAGCCUGCUCACGACUUUUUCGAUAAGCACGCCAGCCGUGACGAACGCCGGGCCCGGUCCAUGAAAAUUCCCUUCUCCAAUGAAAAGAUAAUCAACUUGCCUGUUGAAGAGUUCAAUGAGCUUCUUGCCAAGCACCACCUGAGUGAACCUCAGCUUGCUCUCAUCCGUGACAUCCGCAGGCGUGGCAAGAACAAAAUGGCAGCCCAGAACUGCCGCAAGCGCAAACUGGACGCCAUCAUAAACCUGGAGCAGGGUGUCCAAGACCUGAGGCGCGACAAGGCCCGUCUACUGAAAGAGAAGAUGGAGUUCAUUCGCUCCAUCCGGCAGAUGAAGCAGAAAAUGCAAAGUCUUUACCAGGAGGUGUUCACUCAGCUACGAGAUGAGGAGGGCCGGCCCUAUUCUCCCACCGAGUACUCGCUCCAGUACAGCACUGAUGGCAGCGUGCUAAUCAUGCCCCGCAGCCUGAGCGCGGCUGCUGAGCAGAACCGUAAGCCAGAGAAAAAACAGAAAGACAAAAAGAAGUGAGAGGGACAAACUGCUCUUUAUUCUAUCACUUUGCUAAAUCAGUAAGAAAGAUUUCUGCAGAUGCAAGAGAGAUGUCCUUUUUUUUCCCUUUCAGAAGAUUAUGGUGAGUAGAAGAAUGGCAUUGUUGACUUCUCUUCCUGCAUUAGUUUCUCCCUUUUCAUUCUGUUCCUCCAUUUAUUUUCCUGGAAAAACUUUGAAACAGAAGUAGCUCUUCGUUUGAGGGCAUACGUUGUUUAGAUGGGGGAGGGAGACGAUAAGCGAGGAAGAUGAGGAUAUAAAAGGACAUAAAAUGAGCUAUUAGGAAAAUUUUAGCUGCUCUUGAUCCUUUUGCACCAAACCACUGAGGAUGGAGAGUGUUUGUAGUUUAAAAGAAGAAAAGUGUAAGGAAAAGAACGGUCAUCGUGGAUGGUUGGAGGACCUAUGCACUGAAGGUUUUAAAGGACGGACAGAUUACAUCCCACCCUGGAGACUUUUAGUGAUUUUCAUAGUCACUGAAGCUUUUAAGUUACAAAUCUUCAGGCGAAGAACAGCAUCGAUGGUUGGAGUUAAGAUACCAAAGGUUUUAUGAGGCUUGAUCUCGAUACAUCUUAAAUGCUUACAUGCUACACUCUAAUGCUGAGGGUUUGCAUCACAGAGUCCAGUGUUUGAGACAGAUACAGAGUGGCAUCCAAGUCCAGAGGCCCUAAAGAAGUUGGGUUUGAUAUGUGGGAGGUGGAUGUUGAGACAAGAAAAGUCAGAGGCUGUGUUCUUGGGUCGGCCAUUGCUUACAAAGAGGCCUCGAGGUGAAGUCCUACAAGAGGGGAGGCGAAGGAUGUUUUAGAGAGGAGGCACACUGUGUUGCAAAAAUGUAUCAAGUUUCUUAUAAAUUAUACAUAGCACUGUAAUUUGUCUUUAAAAGGCUUGGCUGUAUGCAUUUUGCCGUGUCUAUUGCUAGUCCUUUGCCGCAGGUUUAAAUAUGAGAGCUGCGUUAAGGAAGGCUCUUGGUAACUGUUCAUAAUCUGUAGUAUAAGCAAGGUUAUAGGUCCAGCCACAUCUGCUUCUACAUAAAUCUACAUCCUCUAAGUUGAUUUAAAAAGUUGACACACACACACACACACACACACCGCCUGUGGUCAACAUAAAGAAAAGUUCAAGUUAUUGUGAUGAGCCAGGAAUUCCAGAGAGUACUGUAUGUUCACCACCAACUCUAGGCUGUUGGACACUAAAGCAAUGGAUUUGGUUUUUCAUUGGAUGCCCAAUUUUGAGCAUUAACUUGAAAACGGGCUCAGUUAAUGCUGUGGUGUAGCGAUAUCCCUUUUAAGAAAACUUAUUUGCCAAUGACAGCCAACAGAAAGCCACGUGAGGCAAUUUUUAACUGCUGUAAAGCAAGUCCUUUUGUGUUGAUAACAAAGUGAGCCAAGUUGUUGUGUGAGAUAAGUUAUUUGAAUGUGUGAAAUGACAGUGAGUGUUGUGGCCACUUUGAGUUGAAUGCCUUUAUUUCACUAUUUCAUUAUCUACACUUUAAAAGGUUUUUGAGAACUGAGGGGAAAUGUUCUCAAAGUAGAAGUGCUAUUACUUGUCUAUUUGAAUGACGUUUGUCAGUAUAUGUGUUACAUUACCCUCUGUAAAAGAAAAAAAAGCAGGUCACUUGUUGCAAUUGAGAUAGGAAUCGGGCUAGAAUAUUUGUAAGAGGCAGAACAGAACAUACGAUGUCCAAAAAAUUGUUUUUGAAAGGAGAAAUGUUUUCAUUAAAUGUGAUUUUCAGGCAUGAAACUCUGGUUAACAUUCACUUCAGUGUAACCCAGUACAACACCAACUAUUUAAUAAUGCUACUACUUAGUGCACUGUUUUUGUCUGUCUUGUUAUGUAAAUAUUUUCAUGUUUGUUUGUCACGAUUUAUGAAAUAUGUCAAAUGUCUCCAUUACAGUUUCACCCUCUGCUUUGAGUUUGGAUGUAGUUCCUUGUUUUGAGAUAUUUGCUGGCAAUCAAAUAUUGUUUUUAUUGAUUAAUAAAGUGUCUUUAUUUUCA